AUGAUAUUAAUCAUGAUAUACUUAUGUUCAAAUGAAGUGUGUGUGUUUAUGUGUGUGUUUAUGUGUGUGUGUGUGUGUGUGUUUAUGUGUGUAUGUGUGUGUGAGUGUGUGUAUGUGUGUGUGUGUGUUUAUGUGUGUAUAUGUGUGUAUGUGUGUGUGUGUUUAUGUGUGUAUGUGUGUGUGAGUGUGUGUAUGUGUGUGUGUGUGUGUGUGUGUGUUUAUGUGUGUGUGUGUGUGUGUGUGUGUGUGUAUGUGUGUGUGUGUGUUUAUUCACAGUCUUCAUUAUUCCAGCUUCAUUACUCUGAAUAUUGA